CUAUAUUCCCUUUUAAAAUAAAAAUAUAUAAAAAAGAACUGAAGAAAACUAGUUUUGUAAUGAUGAGAUGACUGUAUUAAACUGCUAGUAAACAAAAUCACCGUAUUAAACUAUCUUUAUCAACUCUGGACUAUUACAAAUUCUAACAUGAGUACAUCUAAAUUUUCUGUUGUUCUUCUUUUAAUUGUCAUCUUUCCUGCAAUUGUGUUUUCAAAAGGUGAAUUGAGAGUUCUAAAUGAAGAUACGUGGUCUGAAAUUAUAACUGGGGAGUGGAUGGUUGAAUUCUAUGCACCAUGGUGCCCUGCUUGUCAACAAUUGCAACCUUUAUGGAAAGAGUUUGCCCAAUGGAGUGAUGACUUAAGUAUUAAAGUUGGCAGUGUUGAUGUUACAACUAGUCCAGGUCUUAGUGGUCGUUUUAUGAUUACAGCUUUACCAACAAUAUUUCAUGUUAAAGAUGGUGUAUUUAGACAGUACAGAGGAGCCAGAGACAAAGAUUCUUUUAUAAGCUUUGUUGAAGAAAAAAAGUGGACUUCAAUUGAUCCAGUAUCUAGUUGGAAAUCCCCUCAAUCUCUUCAGAUGUCAACUGUAUCUUAUUUUUUCAAGCUUGCCAUAUUUUUGAGAAAUAUGCACACCAGUCUAGUUCAAGAUUUUGGAAUUCCAUAUUGGGGCUCAUACAUUAUUUUUGGACUCUUGACUAUUUUGAUUGGUGCUCUUCUUGGCUUGAUUGUAGUAUGCAUUAUUGACUGCCUGUGCCCUUCAAGGAUUGGUGGAGGAUACCAGCCAAUUCCAAGAAAUUCUGACUCCUCAGAUAAAAAUAAGCAUGAAAGUGAUGGAGAGUUUGAAGCAGAAGAUGUAAUCAGAGAUGAUAGUGAAGACAUUGAUUUAAGACGAAGAAGAGAGCAGCGGAAUGAGGAAUGACAGAAAAUUACGUGACACCUAAUCCAUCCGGCAUUAUUUUUUAAUUGCAGCAUGAUGAACUAUACUUUGCUGUGUAUCUUUCAAAUGAGUAUUUUUUAUACAGAUUUAUUAAAUGUAAUGAAAUUUAAAUGAAUUGUAAUAAAUCUGCUUGUAGUUUGA